UCGUGCGCCGCCGGCCUCUUCCCCUCUCUUCUCCCGAACCAAUCGCUCUGUGUGAGACACAGAAAACAAGCGGAUCCGAGGCGCGAGCUGCAGCCCGGACCGGCCUCCCCAGCGCCCCCUCCCGCCACAGCCAUAGGGCUCCGGCCGAGGAGGUAACGGGCACUCACGCGUGGCGGCUGCCGCCCGCCUCUGCCUGCGGAGCGCCCCGCGCAGAGACUCACACAUGCCUGAGACCAGAGUGGGAGCGGCGCUGAGCCCGGCCGCCUGGGUUCCUUGCGCUGCUUGGCUGGGGCCCUAGCAGCGCCCGGUGCCCGAGUGUAUGAGAGGGAGCGAGGAGCGGGGGCCGCGGCCCGAGCCACUCGCCUCCUCUCCCGGACGGCGGCAGCAGAGAGACUGGCCCGGGGGGAAGCGAGGGGGCAGCGAGGAGGCGGCAGCUCCAUGUGAAGAGACCCGGACACGCACGUGAACUGCCGAGCAGCCCCCCCGGAGCCGGGAGGCAGCGAGAGAGACUCGGGGACCCGGCAGCCGAGGGGGCUGACCCGUCUCUCACUAAACUUUCUCGGACACGCGGGGUAUCUCGGGACCUGGCGUCCAACUUGCUGUGAAGUCCUAGAGCCCCCGCAGGGAAGCGGAUCCCCGUGUCCCCGGCGCAAGGGUGAGCUUUAGCUGCCCCCUGUAUCACCGAUAGCCUGUCUGCUGCAGCCAGAGAGCCAAAGGAGGGAAACUUAACCCGCCGCUGUUGCUGUUCCUAAGGAAGCAUCUACGCUACAGUGGUGCUGCAGCGCCGUGGCUGUACAGAUCCCCUCUGCCUUAUGCAGUCGUUCCAUUCCGGAAAGCCUUGCAUAACUCGAAUUUUGUGAAGGAGAGCCAGGAUCAUUCAUGAAACUGGUGAGAGGAAAAAGUGGCAGCCUAGGACUGCUUUGGCAGCAGAAUUCUAUGCUACUUGUCAAGAGCAGCAGGCAUAAUAUUAGACUACCAGAGAGACUGUGAGAAGAUUAUUUUAAAGAAAUCUGCCUGUUGAGUUGCUGAUGGUGGUGAAGUAUUGAUCCAUUAAAAAGGCUUGCAGUGAAGCUUUUUACUUGAUAAUGUGAAAGCAUUUGCAUCAUCAGAUAGUCUAGCCAAGGUCCAAGAAGUAGCAAGCUGGCUUUUGGAAAUGAAUCAGGAACUGCUGUCUGUGGGCAGCAAGAGACGACGAACUGGAGCGUCUCUUCGAGGUAAUGCUUCCUCAAGCCAAGUAGAUGAGGAGCAGAUGAAUCGGGUUGUAGAGGAGGAGCAGCAGCAGCAGCAGUUACGACAACAAGAGGAGGAGCACAUUUCAAGGAAUGGGGAAAUAGGUGGAGCAGAGUCUGGACUUGGUGACAGAAUUGAAUCCCAGCAAGAACAGUUAGAAGAAAACAACAAUAGGCUUAUUGCAGUGGAUGAAGAAUCCACUGGUAACCAUGAGGAGGAGGAGGAGGAAGAACAUGGUGCUGAACAUGAGGAGGAGGUGGAAGAAGAGGAGGAAAUGGACCAGGAGAGUGAUGAUUUUGAUCAGUCUGAUGACAGCAGCAGAGAAGAUGAACACACUAACAGUAAUAGUGUCACAAAUUCAAAUAGUAUCAUGGAUUUGCCCAUACACCAGUCAUCUCAAUUCUACAUAAAGACAAAGAUGAAGAGAAAGUUGGACCAUGGCUCCGAGGUCCGUUCUUUCUCUCUGGGAAAGAAACCCUGCAAAGUCUCAGAAUACACGAGCACUACUGGGCUUGUGCCAUGUUCAGCUACACCUACUACUUUUGGGGACCUGAGAGCAGCCAAUGGCCAAGGACAACAACGGCGCCGGAUUACAUCUGUCCAGCCACCUACAGGACUUCAAGAAUGGCUGAAAAUGUUUCAGAGCUGGAGUGGACCAGAGAAGUUACUUGCUUUAGAUGAACUCAUUGAUAGUUGUGAACCAACACAAGUGAAACACAUGAUGCAAGUGAUAGAGCCCCAGUUUCAACGAGACUUUAUUUCCUUGCUCCCAAAAGAGUUGGCACUAUAUGUGCUUUCAUUCCUGGAACCCAAGGACCUUCUACAGGCAGCACAGACAUGCCGUUAUUGGAGAAUUCUGGCUGAGGAUAACCUUUUGUGGAGAGAGAAAUGCAAGGAGGAGGGGAUUGACGAACCAUUGCAUAUCAAGAGAAGGAAAGUAAUAAAACCAGGCUUCAUACAUAGCCCAUGGAAAAGUGCUUAUAUCAGACAGCACAGAAUUGAUACUAACUGGCGGCGAGGAGAGCUUAAAUCUCCUAAGGUGCUCAAAGGACAUGAUGAUCAUGUAAUCACAUGUCUACAAUUCUGUGGUAACCGAAUAGUCAGUGGUUCCGAUGACAACACAUUAAAAGUUUGGUCAGCAGUUACAGGCAAGUGUUUAAGAACACUAGUUGGACACACAGGUGGAGUCUGGUCAUCACAAAUGAGGGACAAUAUCAUUAUUAGUGGAUCUACAGACAGAACACUUAAAGUAUGGAACGCGGAGACUGGAGAAUGUAUUCAUACUUUAUAUGGACACACUUCUACUGUGCGUUGUAUGCAUCUCCAUGAAAAAAGAGUUGUCAGUGGGUCUCGAGAUGCCACGCUCAGAGUUUGGGACAUAGAGACAGGCCAAUGUUUACAUGUUCUGAUGGGACAUGUAGCUGCAGUCCGGUGUGUUCAAUAUGAUGGCAGGAGGGUUGUUAGUGGAGCAUAUGAUUUUAUGGUCAAAGUGUGGGAUCCAGAGACUGAAACCUGUCUACACACACUGCAAGGGCAUACUAAUAGAGUCUAUUCAUUACAGUUUGAUGGCAUCCAUGUAGUGAGUGGAUCUCUCGACACUUCAAUCCGAGUUUGGGAUGUGGAGACGGGAAACUGCAUUCACACAUUAACGGGCCACCAGUCAUUAACAAGUGGAAUGGAACUGAAAGACAAUAUUCUUGUGUCUGGGAAUGCAGAUUCAACAGUCAAAAUCUGGGAUAUCAAAACAGGACAGUGUUUACAGACAUUGCAAGGUCCCAACAAGCAUCAGAGUGCUGUGACCUGUUUACAGUUCAACAAGAACUUUGUAAUUACCAGCUCAGAUGAUGGGACUGUAAAACUUUGGGACUUGAAAACGGGUGAAUUUAUCCGAAAUCUAGUCACAUUGGAGAGCGGGGGAAGUGGAGGCGUCGUCUGGCGGAUCAGAGCCUCCAACACAAAGCUAGUGUGUGCAGUUGGAAGCCGAAAUGGAACUGAGGAAACAAAGCUGCUGGUGUUGGACUUUGAUGUGGAUAUGAAGUGAAGGGCAGAAAAAUGAAUUUGUCCAAAUGUGUAGACGAUGUUUCCCUUCCCUCCCCCUGCAAAAAAAAAAAAAUCCCUUGUCCUUGGUGGUGCAGGAUGUUGGCUUGGGGCAACAGAUCCUAAAGACCUACAGACUACGAAGGAGGAGACUGCGAGAUGACAAACUGUAACUGACAAGAGAGGCAUUUGCUGUCUCAUCACAUAAAAAGCUUCACUUUUGACUGGGGCAGCUUUGCAAAUAAGACUUUCUAAAUCAAACCAGGUGCAAUUAUUUCUUUAUUUUCCUCUAAGUGCUCAUUGAGCAGAGUGGAGGUUAAAAAGUUGUUACAAUUCUUGCUAACCUGUUAUUUUACUACAGAGAUCUAGAAAGUUGCUGCAUAACAUCCGUUACUGGAUGACUUUCAAAGUUGUGAGCAUCUGUGGCGACAGCAAAGUCAAAUCCUGAUGUGGAAAAGCUAAAAUCUUACUGUGAAUUGUUUUUGUACAGUUUUAUCAGAGCUUUUUUUUUUGCCAGCCAUUGCCAAUGUCAAUCACAGUAUUAGCCUCUGUUACUCUAUUUACUGUUGCUUUCAUCUACACUCUACAAUGCAUAUGUUGCUCUGAGGUGGCAAGUUGUCCUGGGUUCUGAGAGUUCUUGAAUGGAUUGAACUCUCAAUGCUGGUGCUAGAAGUAGGUCUUCAAGUAUGGGAUUGUUGUCCCACCCCUGUACUGUAUUCCCAGUGGCCAAACUUAUUUAUGCUGCUAAAUGAAAGAAAGUAAAGCAAAUUAUUUCUUGUUUUUUAAUUUUUUCUGCUGUGACGUUUUAGUCCCAGACUGAAUUCCAAAUUUGCUCUAGUUUGGUUACAGAAAAAGACUUUUUGCCACUGAAACUUGAGCCAACUGUGCCUCUAAGAGGCUGAGAGUAAAAAGUUUCAGACAAUUAAGAGUGAAGUUUGCCUGCAAGUAAAGAAUUGAGUGUGUGUGCAAAGCUUAUUUUUUUUUUCUGGGCAAAAAUUAAAACACAUUCCUUAGAACAAAGCUAUUGCAGCCUGUUCUGUGGGGAAACUUUUUUCUUUGUGAGGGCUGUGGUGAAUGGAAUGAACAUGCAUAAUAAAACUGACAAAGAUUUUAAAAAUAUAAAUACAAAAAUAAAAUUGCUGGUCAGUCUUAGUGUUUUACAGUAUUGAGAAAAACAACUGUUACAGUUAUUGCUGCAAGGAACUGACACAGUGCAAAAACUAUUACGUUUUUGUAAUAAAGAUGUACAUGCAAACAAAAAAAAUGAAAAAGUCAAAUGGUUUGCCUCAUUCUCCAAGAGCCACAACUCAAGCUGAACUGUGAAAGUGGUUUAACACUGUAUCUUAGGCGAUCUUGUUUUUUCCUCCCUUUUUUUUUUGUUUUGUUUCGUUUUAUUUAUAGUCUGAUUUAAAACAAUCAGAUUCCAGUUGGUUAAUUUUAGUUAUGUAACAACCUGACAUGAUGGAGGAAAAUAACCUUUAAAGGGAUUGUGUCUAUGGUUUGAUUCACUUAGAAAUUUUAUUUUCUUAUAACUUAAGUGCAAUAAAAUGUGUUUUUCAUGUUA